AUGGCGGAUGGCGAAGGAAAAGAUUUGGAAUGCCGGAAGACUAUGGAUGGGAAGGAGAAUAGUGUCAUUUGUGCCGGAAAGGCCACCAUAAUCCCAUCUUGUUGCUUGAAAGCUAAGGCAUCCGAUCCCGAGGCUGAUGCCAAGUGUCAUUCAACGGUUGUUUCUGGAUGGUUCUCCGAGCCCAAGUCAUCAUCUGGUGAAACUCUUAAGCAAGUGUAUUUCAACAACCCGAUGUGGCCAGGAGAAGCACAUUCUUUGAGAGUGGAAAAAGUUCUGUUCCAAGAAAGAUCAAAGUAUCAGGAGGUUCUUGUUUUUCAGUCCCCUGCUUAUGGGAGAGUGCUUGUGCUGGACGGGAUUGUUCAGUUGACCGAGAAAGACGAAUGUGCGUAUCAAGAGAUGAUAACUCACCUCCCCCUUUGUUCGAUCGAAUCCCCGAGAAAUGUUUUGGUUGUCGGUGGGGGUGAUGGUGGAGUUCUUAGAGAAAUUGCCCGACACAGCUCUGUGAAGUCGAUUGAUAUUUGUGAAAUAGAUGAAAUGGUCAUAGAUGUUAGCAAGAAAUUUUUUCCGGAGUUAGCUCUCGGUUUCGAGGAUCCUCGUGUGCACCUUCAUGUUGGCGAUGCUGUCGAAUUUCUAAAGCGUACACCCGAAGGAAAGUAUGAUGCAAUAAUCGUUGAUUCAUCCGACCCUGUGGGUCCAGCACAAGAGCUCGUCGAGAAACCAUUUUUCGAGACCAUAGCUCGAGCAUUAAGGCCCGGUGGUGUCCUUUGUAAUAUGGCCGAGAGUAUGUGGCUUCAUACACAUCUUAUUCAGGACAUGGUUUCAAUAUGCCGUGAGAUAUUUAAGGGUUCUGUUCGUUACGCGUGGACAAGUGUCCCCACAUAUCCAAGUGGAGUUAUAGGAUUCGUUUUGUGCUCUACCGAGGGACCGCACGUGGAUUUCGUGCACCCUAUCAACCCGAUAGAGAAGAUGGACGAUGCACUUGAAUAUAGAAGGGAACUUAAGUUUUACAAUUCGGAGAUGCAUAGGGCUGCCUUCUCAUUGCCAUCUAUUUUGAAGAAAGAGGUUGAAGCUCUACGGAAUCAUAAUCUGGAUAUGACGAUAGGAGCUUUGUCAGUUUGCUCUAUAACUCCACAGACCUCAAUAUUGGAUCAUGCGAAGUUCCCUGAUUUCAUACAUCCCGUCUCGAAUGGCAAUGAGUUUUCAUCUUGUAAGAACCAGGUAUUUCUGUUUCAAAACCGGGUAAAACUCGCAACAAGGAUUGCUGCACGUAGUUUACCACCCGAACGUGAUAAUGCCCACAUGGGGAGCUCACCUCAUCUUACAGAUGGUCAAGCUUUUGUGAGUCCUGAGGAAGAUGAAAAUUCGAGGGAGCAAAGGAAAGAGACAGCUGUCCUGAUGCAAUCAGAUGCCAAUUUCCAACCAAAUGCUGCAGAACACGGAAAUCGAGAGAGUGUUCUGGAUAAGCUGAAGGCAGUUCAUCUGCACUUUCUUGCAAUGGAACAGUGGAAUUCUUCGAGGCUUAAAACGUGUCACCAAAACUACUCUGCAAGUUCAACAAAUCUGUUGCACUACUUGUCGCUAAAAAGCCUGGACACAGAACAGAUAAACGAAGAGCUUUCUGUAGCCGGGCUUUUGAAUCUGGAUACCAUACAUACACACGUUUUCUCAAGUCUCUCCGCAUGCAUCCAAACUCUACUCAGCUCGAGGUCAGAUUCCCUUCUCAGAAUAACCAUUCCCAGCAAAGACCAUCCGAUUCAUGAAGUCCUCGACACUGAAAGAUUGAAUCUUGGAAUGACUUCAAUGAUUAAAAAGGCAUCUUUUAAUCAGGAUCGACUCUUGGGAAAACUUCAAGGUCAGAAAAAGGCCCAUAUCAUGGUAACAAUCGGCCAAGAAGUCGUGGAUAACGACGUGCAGGUAGCUGACCUCAUAAAUUCGGGGACCACAAUUUUCCGUAUAAACUGCGCACAUGGAAAUCCCGAAAUAUGGAGCAAAAUGAUAAGCACGGUGAGAAAAUCCGCGGGACUUCUCGAAAAACCCUGCCGAGUACUCAUGGACUUAGCCGGGCCCAAGCUCCGUACAGGGAGAUUUAAGGAAGGCCCGUGUGUGGUGAAAGUCAGCCCAAAGAGGGGCCCAUAUGGAAAUACGGCUUGCGGAAGCCAUGUCUGGCUGGCCCAACAAGGGUCAGGCCCGCCGCCAUCUCACCUGUCCCCUGACGUGAUUCUGAAUGUCGACGGCCCGGAAUUUCUCGACGAGCUAGAGAUUGAUGAUACUGUGAGAUUUUCCGAUGCCCGUGGAAAAUGGAGGAAUUUAACGAUCUUGAGCAAAUAUCCGAUUUUUUCUGGCACGGGAUUUAUGGCCGAGUGCAUCGACACUGCGUAUAUCGAGUCCGGCACGGUACUUCGCGUAAAAAAAAAGAAAGGGAAAAAUAAAAAAUCGCCGGUGGGGUUCGUGGUCGAUAUUCCCCCGGCCGAGCAAUUUGUGAGACUGAGAGUAGGCGAUUUGCUGACAAUAUCUCGAGACAGUUCAGACGAGCAGUUAUCUUCUUCUUCCACUGGUUUUUCAGCCACUGGGGACCACCGAGUCACCUGCCCGUCCGGUUACCUGUUCGACUCGGUCAAACCGGGGGACCCCAUAGCCUUCGAUGACGGCAAAAUAUGGGGGGUUGUGAAAGGAACGAGCUUUUCGGAAGUUGUGGUGACCAUAACUCACGCGGGCCCGAAAGGCACGAAGCUCGGCUCGGAAAAAUCGAUAAACAUCCCGGACAGCGAGAUCCGGUACGAGGGGCUCACGUCGAAAGAUCUCGUGGAUCUCGAUUUUGUGGCUGCUAAUGCUGACAUGGUCGGCGUAUCGUUUAUCCGGGAUGUUAGCGACAUUGUCGUCUUGCGCCGUGAGCUCGAGAAGAGAAAGGUUUCGAAUUUAGGGGUCGUGCUGAAAAUCGAGACUCGAGGCGGGUUCGAGAAGCUUCCACUGUUGGUUCUUGAGGCGAUGAAGAUGGGGAACCCGUUAGGCGUGAUGAUCGCGAGAGGCGAUCUGGCGGUUGAGUGCGGGUGGGAGAAGCUUGCGGAUAUACAGGAUGAGAUUAUUUCGAUUUGUAAGGCUGCACACGUGCCGGUUAUUCUUGCCACUCAGGUUUUGGAAUCAGUGGUGAAGACAGGCGUGCCGAGUCGAGCAGAAAUUGUAGAUGCGGCUAACGGGAGGAGGGCAAGCUGUGUAAUGCUGAACAAGGGAAAGCAUAUUGUAGAAGCAGUCUCGACUCUUGAUACCAUUCUAAAUAGCCAAUGCGCAACGGCCAAAACCGAACUGAAACCUCUUAUACUGUCCUCCCGUCUGGCUGAACUCAAAAGCCACGAGCGAAUUCGGGUCGCCCGACUGGUUUUCAUGCUUUUACAAGAUGUGCUGGAAUUCAAGGUCGGCAAGUAUGAGACCUGCAAAACCAUCAACUCGUUCUCACAGAGAGUGCGCUGGUCCAAGGGCCUGCGCGGGAGCAUUAUGAUAUUUCCACAAAAGGGUGAAGUUUGGGCGCUCUACAAGAAUUGGUCGUCCGAUUGGGACGAAAAUACCCCUGACGAGGUGGCCGGUUUCAAGACGAUAUUUUUUCCGGGUUCGGGGCCCGAUGCAGUCAGGAGGAUUCGUAGGGAUGAGAUGUUUCGAUUUUCUAAUCGGGUCCAAACUUACUUGCUUACGGGCUUUGAAGGUGGAAAUGCUCCGAAAGGAUGCUUGGAACUUGAUCCAGCGGCUACACCUUUGGAACUCUUCAGGUGA